CUGUGGGAAGAUUCAGCACUUUUCUAUGGGACAGCUCCUCUGCUCCACGUAUUUGGAAGACUUUUCCGCAGUCCGGGAAAAUUUGCUUUGAAGCAACGGGCGCCCAAGAGCGCGCGAAACCUUUUUGUUCCGGAGCUGGAAAACACAUUUUUACGUACCGGGAAUGUACUAGUUGUCAAUGCCAGGAAGCCGGUGACCACCGACUGCGGCACAUUGUGGAGUUCUCCAUUGGACCUUUCUUCCUUUUAAAGAGUGAUAGAGAUAUUAUUGUGUGCAAUAUGACACAGAUCAAGACGUUUUCGAAGGAUACCUCUAAAAUAUAUAAACGAUUUUGGGCACUCUGCACCUGCAUGCACCAAUACCUUUGAUUAAACUUGUCAGUGGUGGAACCGAAGUGUGAUCAUGGACGAGGGAUAAUGGUGCAAAACACUGAACGGCUGUAGUAUCUGUACUUCGACUAAUACCCCAGGGCACAAUGUCGGCGAACUGGUCCAUCCUGCUUCCCACGGUCUCUUAUGACAACUCCUCCGCGCCUCCCUCCGUCUUCUCCUCCUCCUCCUCCUCCUCCUCCUCCUCCUCUCCCUCUCCGUCCGACUCCUCGCUGCCCCCUCUGGCCGAGUGGGAGGCGCCGACCUUCACGGUGGCGGCGCGCUUCCGCGUGGCGGCCACGGCGGUGCUCUUCGUCUUCGCCGCCGCCAGCAACCUGGCCGUGCUGCUGAGCGUGACGCGGGGCCGCGGCCGGCGCCUGGCCUCGCACCUGCGGCCGCUCAUCGCCAGCCUGGCCUCGGCCGACCUGGUCAUGACCUUCGUGGUGAUGCCGCUGGACGCCGCCUGGAACGUGACGGUGCAGUGGUACGCCGGCAACGCCAUGUGCAAGCUGCUGUGCUUCCUCAAGCUCUUCGCCAUGCACUCGGCCGCCUUCAUCCUGGUGGUGGUCAGCCUGGACCGCCACCACGCCAUCCUCCACCCGCUGGACGCCCUGGACGCCGGACGACGCAACAAGAGGAUGCUGUGCGUCGCCUGGACCCUGAGCGUGCUGCUGGCCUCCCCACAGCUGUUUAUCUUCCGGGCGGUGAAAGCCGAGGGGGUGGACUUUGUCCAGUGCGUGACCCACGGAAGCUUCCAGCACCGCUGGCAGGAGACGGCCUACAACAUGUUUCACUUCGUCACCCUCUACGUCUUUCCGCUGCUCGUCAUGAGCUUCUGCUACACCCGCAUCUUAAUUGAGAUCAACCGGCAGAUGCAUAGGAACAAGGCCACUAAAGGAGGCGGAGAGCCCUGCUUGAGGCGGAGCGGUACGGACAUGAUCCCCAAGGCGCGGAUGAAGACCUUGAAGAUGACCAUCGUGAUCGUGGCGUCCUUUGUGGUGUGCUGGACGCCGUACUACCUGCUGGGCAUUUGGUACUGGUUCCAGCCGCAGAUGCUCCAGGUGACCCCGGAGUACGUGCACCACGCCCUCUUCGUCUUCGGCAACCUCAACACCUGCUGCGACCCGGUCAUCUACGGCUUCUACACGGCGUCCUUCCGCGCCGACCUGGCCCGGUGCUGGCGCUGGCGCCGCCGCAGUCAGAACGCCUCGCCCAAGUCCUUGGACCACCUGUCGGGGCGCAGGGGCGGAGCCAGCGGCGAGGGGGAGUCGGACAUGGCCAGCGGGGAUCAGCCGAGCGGAAACAUGGCCUAAAAUGGCCGCAGAACUUCCUGUGUGGAUGGACGCCGCCGACUUCAGGUGCAGGACAUGUAGCCGUAUACAGUAGGACCAGUGUGGGACCAGUGUGGGACAUUCUCCACCAUGAAAUGCCUUGCAGCGUCUCUCCAGUCAUUGGGUGUAUCGUCUUGAGCAGGCCUGCUGCCUGUUGGUGUUAUUCUCUUGCUCUGACAGACUGGAUAAUUCCAUUGCCCUUCUUUGUGUGCUUUGCUUCUGACGUGCAGUAGAGAAGAUGUCUCAAGAUGCCACAUGGCCUUCAAGAUCACCUUACCUCAGUAUUUAGUGAAUGACUGUUCACUGAUGAUCGCAGAGCUGCUCGAGUCUCAUUGCUACCCAUCAGGCUUCAACAAAAGGCCUCUGCCUCACCUCACCUGCUGACAUAAGACAUGCUGGAUACCAGUCUCCAGUUGCCCAUUUUCAUAUUCAAAGUCAUCAGGGUGAAAAACAAAAUGGAUGCCCUAUUUGAUACACUUGUUUGCUCCUCAGAGAAUGCUCCACAUUCCAGACGCAUGGGACAUGGAGCAUAGCAAUCUCCAGUUGCCCAUUUACUAUUUACAGAUUCCAGUCAUCAUGGUGGUGGAAUGACUUGGUGUCUAUGUUGCGAAAAGUAGUAAUGAAAAACUAAACGGAUGACCUAUUUGAUAUGCCUAUUUACUCCUCAGAGAAUGUUCCACAUUCUAGACGCAUGACACAACGAUCUGUAGAGCAGCAUAAAGCACAGUCUGUUGCUUGUCACCUUUUGGAAUGUAACUUAUUAUCCCGUAUAGAUCAACGUAUAAUGGACACAUAUCUGUGUAUCAACGACAGAUAAGUAUCUCCUUUGAAAGGGUUCAUGUUUCAAAGUGGUAUUUAAAGCAUUCAGGUAUACCUGCCAACAGAGCAUAUGCAGUGUUCUUUCUCUAUGAGCUCUUGGUCUACAUGCCAGUGAAAUCAUUUCUAGGUACUUGAUGUUGAACUUGUUCAGUCUUAGUUCAGUUUGUGCAGUUUUUCCAGCCAAACGUGUUCAAUUGUGUAAAAAAUGAUAUGCAUGUCUUUGGCAGGAAUUACGUUUUUUAACCUAUGGUGUCAUGUGUGAAAUUGCGGUCUUUAGUGGCAUUGGGUCAUAUUUGUGAGUAACUCUGAAUGUAACUGCCAUGUUGUAGUAAUAUAUGAGUGAACAACUUCAAGA